AUGUACCUCUACAUACUCCUCGCAUGCUUCGCCACCGCGACGGCAUUGCCGACUGAAAAAACCGACAAUAUUACUAGUAGUACAACGACUACUACUACAGAAUCUCCGAGCAACUCGACCAAAGAACUUUUGAAGGCCAGUGAGACGGGUGAUCCUACGCAAGUGGAAAUCGUCAAGCAGAUAAGAAGAUUGAACGAGGAUGGAUCCUACACGAUCGGGUACGAAGCGACGGAUGGCACCUUCAAGAUCGAAAGCCGGGACGUUUUGGGCAACGUGAAAGGAACGUUCGGAUACAUCGACGACGAUGGUGAAAUCAAACGUGUCACUUAUACUUCCAACGGCGAGAGCACCCCCGUUCCUGUUUCGACGAGCACGACGCCGAAUACACCGAUGAUGAUAGUGCGAGUUAACAAAACAGUGUCGUCGACCACCCGAAGACCGCUGCCGACUGUGGUUUACCCGACCAGAGGAAGUGCCACCACACGAGGUACUGUCAUACAAUCUAUACCUAGACGCAGACCGAUAACACAUCCGAAUAAUUUGCCCGAAAGUGAUAUAACAACUGAGAAAUCAAAUUACGACGAUACCACCCAAAGUAAUUUCAAUCGGUACAGAUCGAGAGAUGAAGCAAGCAAACUGCGAACAACGACAGUCAAGGACGAUUUGGUCACCAAACAGACUACUGUGACGUCUACUGUGAAACCAGUGUACGAGGAAGUAACUGAGAAGGAACCAGACAUGAGCAAACCCAGCGCCUUCCGACGUGAGCUGCCAGGUAGGAACACGAAUCAUCACAUGGUUAACUUGCAACAAUCGAUGGGCGAUGACUCCACCGACGUUUAUGGAAGUCACUUGUCUCACGGCACUCUCAGGCCGCUGUUCACGACUACCACGACGAGUCGACCGAGACACGUGCCUCUCCGAAAUUUGAUCCCAAGACAGAACACUCAGGAACAUUAUCCCGAUAAUUUGGAAAAUCAGGAGACUACAAUAGAAGCGAGUACCGGACGAGUUUUUGACACAAAUAAUAUCGCAACUUCGAGUCCGGUGCCAGUGAUCCACAUCCAGCCACAGAGAGUACCGGAGGACCAGAGAGUUUACCAACAGACCUUGUACAGACGACCGCAGUCGUCCAUUCAGUUCCGAACUCAGGAAUAUUUAAGAGACAAUCCCGGAGCCCCCAUUCCCAUCGGCAACCAGCGGCCCUUUCUCCAAUACGAUUACCAGCAGAACAAAGUACUGGAGCCCCAGCUACUCCGAGAGUCCCAACCGAAGGCAUCCAACGAUCAGUACGAAGUACGUCCAGUGACGAGGAUAAUUCAGGUGCCGGUCGACGAGCGCGGGGUUCCUAUACCUGGCUACGAACCGAGAUACGUGAACCCGUACCAGCCCCAACCGGUCUACCAACGAUACGAUCCGACGGCCGAUAUGAACUCUAUAUCCGCUCCCGUGAGCACUAGGGAUCUGAAGCGGCUGCUGCAGAUUUUGAUACUCCGACAAAGUCGGCUGCAGGCGCUCAUGGAUCAGCUGAUGCCUGGUCCCUAUCAGCCAUACCGGGAUAUGUACCGGCAGCAGAUCAGACACUACGACGAGGACGACCGAUACGACUACCACUACGACCAGCAGUACAGGCAGGACGCUUACGCGAACCAGGACCGAUACGAGGACCAGUACGACAGUCAAAGGUACGUGCCUCGUCGGAGAUACUCACGGCCCUUUGACAGCGUGGGCUCCUCGUCGAAUCACAUCGACGAGGCCCCGGAGUACCUGCCGGUGGAAGUCAGAGAGGCUUUGCUGCUGAAGAUGCUUCUCCUAGCCAUAAGUCCAGACUACACCCCGAGACCGAUACCACCUACUGAGCUAACCACCGCUGCACCGACUCGAAAACAGGUGAGAAACGUUCAGAUACUUGGCGAGGAGGGCGCCACAGAGAAGCCGAAAAGGCACUAA